AUGGAUAAAACUCGCCUUCACCCAUCACGCCGACCCGCAUCGGCAGUUGCAACCCCACUGUCUAUUCUCGAUGCCACCGUUGCGCGUUUCUCCGCCACAGGAGCAAUUUGGCUGUUCGAUAAGCCCACAGUUCCAAAGAGCAGCAGCUCUCAUGUCACAGAAGAGAGUCUUCUCGAUCACCUCCAAUCAUCCUUAGUGGUGACGCUCAAUGACUUUCCUCAAUGGGCGGGCCAGAUUCACUGGGCUCCGGUGCGACCAGGAGGAUCUCACACGGAGCGCUUCAAUAGGCCUAUGGUGACCUAUGGUACGGAAAAUGACCCUGGAGUCGAAUGGGCUGUGGUCCGGCAUCAACAUCUGUCGGUGAAAUCACUGGUCCCAUCUGCUGAUGAGCGUGCAUCGGGUCAAGGAGUAUGGAGAGCGGAUCAAUUCAAUCAAGAUCUCUUUCUCUCGCGGACAUUGUUACCCCUAUACAAUCUUCGAGAUUGUGAUGGGCUUCCUGCCAUGCAAGUGCAGAUUAACCUCUUUGACGAUGGCGGAUACGGCAUUGGCGUCAAGUUGGCACACGUGUUGGCCGAUGCACAAUCUCUGAUGGUCUUCGUCCACCUUUGGGCGGCCAACUGCCGAAAAGCAUUCUCUGUGGAUGGUCAUUCGCCCUCCUCUGUUUUCGGACCUCCCGUUUUCGAUCCUGCACAGCUGGAUUCGUGUGCGGCUGGAAACAUUGAUGUAGAAACACCCGAUGCCCAGAUUCUUGAGGAAGCUCGACAGCUGCCUCUUCAUCGUUUCAAUUGGUGGGGAGCUGAGGAUCCAGGGUACUCGCCCUUCUUUAUUCCAACCACGAACAACUCAAUCCCACCCGGUGAGAAGAUUCUAUCCCAGGUCUCUCCUUCUACUCCAGCCCCAUGGCCUACGUGGAAUCUGUCGAGGCCGGUCAGUUGUGCGCUUUUGCAUUUUCCAAGUUCCUCGCUGGCUCGGUUAAAGCAGAAAGCUAGUAGCUCAACGGGAGGCCAGAACAUCUCCAGGUUAGAUGCCCUCCUCGCACACAUAUGGGCUCUAGUCAACAAAGCGCGAGGACAUGGUCAGUCUUCAGACGAGGUCUUUCUCAACUUUACCCUCGGUGCACGAUCCCGUCUGUCUCUCCCCGAUUCCUUCAUUGGCUCUCCCUUGUUCAUCACACACAUACGCAUGCCAGGGAGAUCUGCUUGCCUCGGAACUACAGUAGCCGCUCAGAUCCGACGGACUUUGAACCUGUUCACCGCGGACAAGGUGGGUGCAAUGCUCCACGAUGCCGCAUACGAGGUCUCUCCUCAGCGACUGUGGCAGGCCUUUGUCGGAUCACAGCACACGUUGGUGACAUCAUGGCUGCGGCUGCAACUCUAUGAUGUCGAUUUUGUAGGCAUCGGCCAGAGACCAAGAUAUGUGCAUGCUGUCAUGCCAAAGAUCGAUGGCUGUCUUCAGGUCAUGGAUUCCGGGAUUGAUGAUGGUGGGAUCGAUAUUGCCCUUUACUUGGAUGCCGAGGCAAUGGAGCGAUUGUUACAAGACAAGCCAGACGAGUUCACAAUGGCUGCCUAA